GUUGGUUCCCUGUUUCCUAGCAUCAUAUAUAACGUUAGGUGACAUCCGUACCAUAGGCGACCUUCCCUCAGAUGUCGAUCCAGGGAAUUCACUAGCAUUAGUUAUUGGAUUUUAAUGACCUCUCUUACCAGUGAUUGGCUGAUAUAAUAAAAUGACAAGUGUUGGUAAACGAUAAAUGAAUUUAUGGUAUUCAGUGAAGUGAACAAUGAUGUGACAGCCAAAUGUUGAGUGCUAAGCCAACCAUGGAAUGAAGAAUUCAGGAAAUCGUCGCUGAGAACACGGACAAAAAACGCGAGAGAAGGGGAGAGAGAGUGAGAGAGAGAGAGAAAGAGAACGCGCAACAUUUGUGAUGGGUAUGCAGAUGAUACCUGUGAAAAAGCUCCAGUACCCCAGCUUUGGUUAAGAAGGGAACGAUCAACUCAUCUUUCCUCAGUGCUACAGUACUCUCAGCCCUUAAUGUGAGAUAACCGCCAUGGCCCUCCAUCAACAAGAUCUUCCUGAACGCUGGACUAUGCGUGACGAAAGCCUCUCGUUUGUGUUGCCCAGAAAAUCUCACCCAGAAACCAACCUAAUUAUAUUGUGUAGAGCUGAUGACUCGGACAACAGUGUCUCUUGCACAGAUCGUUUUGGAAUUUAUGCAAGUGUUGCAACAUGUUUCAUGAAUUCAUUUCCAACGCUAUUCCUGGGAUGAAAUACGAAACCGAGAACAAGAGUGUGAUGAUGGCUACCCGGUCCUCCCCAAUCGGACUUCACUCUCGGUGAACAGACAUUGCUCGUCACUUUCCAUCGGCUCUAAUGCCCGGUUGCUCAGUAAUCGCGUCUGGCGAUUGGCAGUAGGCGGAAGGGAGGAAGGAAGGAAGGAAGCGGAGAGCACAAUUGAAAAGCGGGACAAAAAAAAAAGUUAUCCCUCGCAAUAGACCGAAAUCCAAUGAUACGGGUGUUGGGGAAGUUGAGCGUCCUGCAGUGGACUAAAGAACCCAUCCUGUUCGGGAAUGACGGAUGGUUGUGGGCUUUGGUGGGCGUUCUAUUGGCAACGGCAGCAGCUGCAAAGGACGUGAGACCGAACGUCGUGGCGGAGGUUCCAACGCUGGAUGUUGGUCCUGUCGUCGUGGUGAAGGUUGUUGAGGGUUCAGCUGCCAGACUCCCUUGCAGGCAUCCUCAUUACCCGGAGGACACCUUGAACCUGGUCUUGUGGUACCUGGACCACUCCACAAGGCCCUUCCUCAGCCAUGACGCCCGAAGCCUCGCCAAGAAGAGCAACACGUCCGAGUCCAGAGGAAAAUAUUUCAGAGUCACAAACAAAACCUCAGACGUCAGCGGCGGAGCGAGCGUGCAAAACAAUGUCAUAAAAACGAGUCAAAGAAAACGAAACACGGCCCACUUCACUGCCAGAAGGAAUGUUCGGAGCUCGGACGCAAAUCAGGAAACAGGAAACGACCGCAAGAGUCUAAGCUCCGGAGGGACAACGCUAAUUAUAAAAAAUGUGAAGGACGCUGAUGAAGCCGAGUACAGGUGCAGGAUCCAUUUCCGACAGUCUCCCACCUGGACACAAAGGCUCAAGUUGAUUGUGGCAGACGAAGUGGAGACGGUAGUCUUAGAGGACAGCAGUGGCCGACCAGUGAAAUCCCGAGUAGGACCUCUGGUAGAGGGGUCCAACCUCACUCUUACUUGUCAAGCAUCUCAUGGCACAUCCGACGUGGAGAGUCUGUGGUGGUACCUCGAAGGGAAGCCUUUAGACACGUCCUGGGCUUCUGCUGGCGAGGGCAUCGUCGUCAAUCGCCUGGUCAUGACGGUAGUUCAGGAGAGAUUCCACAACGCCUGUGUCACGUGUCGUCUCGUUACUACCAGUGAGGAAGACCCUCACAUCGCAGCCAAUAUCACGGAGAGAUCGAUUACUGUCGCCAUGUUCUAUGUCCCGGUGGCCGUGAUGAAGAGUGAUGGAGGAAGGGCCCUUGUCGGCGGCGGUCUGGAACUGACAGAAGGACAGACGCUGUCUUUCUUGUGCUCCGUGAGAUCAGACCCGCCUGUCUACAACCUGAUCUGGCUCCACAAUGGGAAAAAGCUGUCCGUGGGAGGGCGAGUUUUGGCAAGGGACAAUUCGUCUCUGGUCAUUUCGCCCGUGACGCGCCAAGAAUCUGGCAUCUAUGCCUGCGUGGCUUCCAACUCGGAGGGAGACGGCCACUCAAACGCUAUUCCAGUCAUCGUCAAGCAUCUGCCUUACUGCUCUGGUCCUGCGCAUCGAACUCUCGUAGUGACAGCUAACACUACAGUCAGUCUGACUUGCCAAGUGGAAGCUCAGCCUCAAGAUGUCACCUUUACUUGGAAGAUAGGUAUUCCAUCCCUUCCCCACAGACACAGCCAGAGCGCGAGAGGUCAUCAAGCCAACUAUGGACUCUUUUUCGACCCCGAGUCCAGCCACCCUUUCCCUCACAAUUUUGAUUCCGACACUAGAGAGACUUCCACAGACCUCCAUGAGGACGGCACUUCCAACCUUCUCUUUCCCAAACGCUACGGCGAGAUGCAUUCCAAAGGUCUUCCCUUCGUUCCCAGUGGCCCUCGGCUCCAUCUCGGCGUCUCAGAAUCUCGUAGCUCCUCGCUCCUGGAGAGUGAGAGUGCGGCUUCCAAUAAGGUUGACUUGGCUUCCGGCGGGAUGACCUGGGACACCCCUUGGACAGAGUCGGUCGAUGGCACCCCCGAAAGAGGAGACUGGAAGAACGUGAAGCAUCAGCGUGACCCAACAGAGCCUGGAAGGUCGACCGUUACCCUGACCCCUUCGACGUCAACUGUGGUUGGAUGUUACGCCCGUAAUAGCGUGGGUCAUAUUAAGGUUCCGUGCACCUACACACUCACAGUAGUGGAGCCGCCGAAAGCACUGCAGGACUGCAACAUAACCCUGAUAGGCAUCACCAGAAUGGAGGUGAGAUGCGAUGACCCGACCUAUGCUCAAGAUUCAGCGCGUGAUGUCAAUACCGUGUUGCAGGAUGGUCAACAUUCCCCCAGCAUGAGCUUCGUUAGGUCGCCGGAAUCCAGUUCCAAGGCCAAUUUGGAGGUUUGGUCAGGAGACACCUUGGUGGCGAACGUAAGCGAAAGACGACCUGUUUUCAGCGUACGAGGUCUGCCUCCUGACGCGCACUUACGCCUUGUUUUGUACACUGCCUCCCCGCAUUCUCGCUCAAAGCCUCUCUACAUGUUCGCAAAAACCCAGCCUCGAAAACAUGUACACUUAUCAGCUGCUCCUGCACCACAGUCUCCAACGCAGCCUCCCAUAGCCGAGCCCGGUUUGGGAGUAGGGACCAAUCUCCUUGAUGGAGUCAACUGGAGACUGGGUGGCAUCAUGGGCGGUGUUGUCGUCAUGGUGGUGGCCUUAGUGGUGGGAAUCGUCAUGUGGGCUUGGGAAAAGUUUGCCUCAGCGUCCGAUCGCGCUCAAGUGCCUCCGCGCCAGCUUCAGCACUACCCUGGGAUUACUCUCGAUACCUUGGCUUCCGAGGGCUCGCUUAGUGACGAAACAAGCGUCGUGGGAGGAGCGCCACCUGUUGAACCACCUGAGCAGGCAAAAGUAAUCGGUGAGGAACACCAAGGAGUCCUGACUUACAGCCUCUAGACUUUGGCCUCUUAAUGGUAAACGCGGGGACGCAGCGCGUGAUGGUCUGUUUCCUCGAGAUCUGGGGAAUGACGAAAGCAUCCUUGAGGCCGUUCCUCGUGAAGACAUAUCUGAAUCAUUUCCUACACCCAUUUUACUAUUCACGUUUCCUCCGUUUACUUUUCGCUUAUUCAGUAUUUUCCUUUGUUGUUGUCUUCAUUCAUGAUACGUAGGUAUAUUCUAUUAAGCGUUAUUCAUUAGUGAGUAAUUAUUGACUGUCUUUGCAAGUCUUUACCCUCUAGAAUUUGGUAGCUGUCAUUUGAAUUUUAAUCUUUUCACUGAAUUCACGCCUCUAGCCUACGAAAAUGAAGAAAUAUGCACAUUUUUUAGACAUUUCCCAUGAUCUUUUUACGAGUUCAUUUCCUCUCCUUUCAAUCCGUUUCUUUCGAUGGAAUUGGAAUCGUACAAAAUAAGAAAAAUAGUUUUCCUUUAGUUUGACCACGAUCUCUUAAUGAAAUGAUUUCCACUUGUCUGUCAAACGAGAUGACCCAUCCCUUGGGCAAAAUCAGAUUUUCAAAAGCCGUGUCCAUAUAUUUUUAACACACUCCUUAGAUAGUGAUAAUUAUAUUUUAAAUUAGUGACAAAGUAUUUGAAAAUUCAAAGUACAGAGUUUACCGAGAGAGGAUCUGAGGAAGCCGUUGGAGUUCCACGCAGGAGUUCUCCAGGCUGCUUCUAUACGCUAAAUUAUUUGAGCUGCCGCCUUAAAAGUAUUUACAGAAAGCACAUUCCAGUUUUACUAAGCCAGAUUAACGUUUUAUUUAUUUAUUUAUUGUUGUAUCUAUUUUUAUUCUCAGUAAGGUUUUUUUACUCAUUGUUCUUUCUCAGCGUUCAUUUCUCUUAUUACUUGAUUUCCCUUGUAGACCUAUACCCAGACAAACCCCGUGAAUAUGAUUAAUCGUGUUUGUAUAUUUGUAAUAAACCCCAC